UUGGGCUUUUGGUUCCUGUGUUUUGUCUCGCAAAUUGAAACGGCACCGUUUUGCGCUUUUGACCCACCCAAAGCCCCACCCGCGGCGACUUUGCCCAGCUGCUGGACAUCACCAGUCUUCAAGACGAGACCACAGUUUCUGAACUGGAACUCUCGAAGAUCAUAAACCCUAGCAAAAAUGUCGAGGCCUCUGAUCCUCUUCGCUUUGCUUUUCCUUCUUCCCAUCCUCUGCAGAUCCUUCUCUCCUGAAAAUCCCGGCAACCGGCGCGUCCUUGUUUUGGUCGAUGACUUCGCCAUUAAAUCUUCACACUCUAUCUUCUUCAGAUCCCUCCAGACUCGUGGCUUCGAACUCGAUUUCAAGCUCGCUGACGAUCCCAAGAUCAGCUUGCAGAGAUACGGACAGUACUCUUACGAAGGCUUGAUUCUGUUUUCCCCCACGAUCGAGCGUUUUGGAGGAUCCAUUGACCUGCCUGCAAUCCUGGAUUUUGUUGAUUCUGGUAAUGAUUUAAUUAUUGGGGCUGAUGCUUCUGCAUCCGAAUUAAUUCGGGAAAUUGCCAAUGAGUGCGGAGUUGACUUUGAUGAGGAUCCUGCAGCUAUGGUUAUUGAUCACACCAGCUACGCGGUUGUGAACACCGACGGAGAUCAUACAUUGAUUGCUAGUGAUGAUUUCAUUCAGUCUGAUGUAAUUUUGGGAAGCAAGAAGAUUGAGGCUCCAGUACUUUUCCAGGGGAUAGGUCAUUCAUUAAAUCCUGCCAAUAGCUUGGUGUUGAAAGUUCUCUCCGCUUCUCCUUCAGCAUACUCUGCCAAUCCAAAGUCCAAGUUGUCAGAUCCUCCAUCAUUGACUGGAUCUGCAAUUUCUUUGGUUUCAAUUGUGCAGGCAAGAAAUAAUGCUCGCAUUUUGAUCUCUGGCUCAUUAAGUAUGUUCAGCAAUCGGCUUUUCAGAUCAAGCGUGCAGAAGGCUGGUAGCUCAAUUAAACAUGAGAAAUCUGGGAAUGAGCAGUUUUUUACUGAGCUGAGCAAAUGGGUUUUCCAUGAAAGAGGUCAUCUCAAGGCUGUAAAUGUUCGACACAACAAAGUUGGGGAAGCAAAUGAACCUGCAAUGUACAGGAUCAAUGAUGACCUGGAAUAUUUUGUUGAAGUAUAUGAGUGGUCUGGAACAAGCUGGGAACCAUAUGUGGCCGAUGAUGUUCAAGUGCAGUUUUACAUGAUGAGCCCAUAUGUUUUGAAGAACUUGCGAACAGACAAGAAGGGUCUUUAUUCUACAAGAUUCAAGGUUCCUGAUGUUUAUGGGGUUUUCCAGUUCAAGGUUGAGUAUCAAAAGCUUGGAUACACAGGCUUGACCCUAUCAAAGCAGAUUCCAGUCCGGCCCUUCAGACACAAUGAAUAUGAAAGAUUUAUCCCUGCAGCAUAUCCUUACUAUGGAGCAGCAUUUUCUAUGGUAAGGCUCUGGCUCUCUCUCUCUUUCUCUCCCUCCCCCCCCCCUCCCCUCCUCCCAAAAAAACCCCAAACAAGUGUAUAAAAACUUUAUGCACACUGCAGUUUCAAUGCCUUCUGGGGGGUGGUGGAAAUUUGAAGGAUGUUAUAGACUUGUGGCUAGAAUGAAUACUAGCCUAGGCAAACCAGCCUCCACAAUCUUUUCCCAGCAGCAUUCUCCUUCAUAUGUUCAACAUAGACCUGAACUGGCCAUUUUGUCUGGUACCCUGUGGUGCAUCUCAAAUUAAGCUGCAAAUAAGUCAGACAAUGGAGAAUAAUGGCACCGAUUAUUCCUCACUAGUUUUGCAUCCGGAUCCAGAUUGACCUAUCCAGUCGUAACCAAGCUUGUUUUAGUAGAGCCCAUUUUAGCUUGUGACCUUGAGCUUGACUUGCAGUGUAUCAAGCCUAAGCAGCUUCCGCGUAUAUCCUUCAUAAAAUUUAUAUGAAAAUUCCAGGUUUACACUGACGUAUUAUGUGGGGGUUACUGAUGCAGAUGGCAGGUUUCUUCAUCUUCUCCUUUGUUUUCCUGUACAACAAGUAGCUGGGGAACAUGCCGUUCCAUUGGGAUUGAGAGGCCUGGUUUCGAAAUUAGGAAAUUUUGAGGGAACCAUGAAACGGACACAAAUGUUAGAAGACAUUAUUACAAGGGCUGAUAUCAUGUCAUUUUGGUGGCAAAGGAAGGCUUAUUAUAGUCCUGUUGUUGUAGUCGUAACUACUGUCGUUGCUUAUUUUUGCGUGGCCCUAUUUAGUGUGGCUAUUUCAUUAGAAGAAAAAAGUGUUUAACCUUUAACACAAGGGCAAUUAUACUGGUUUAAAUUCCAAUGACUGGUCGUUCAAUUGGUACAAUUGUUCACCUAUUUUCCUGACUAAA